AUGUCCAAAUAUGAUAUUCCUUAUUCCAUGAAGCCCACGAAAAAGGGCAAAAAGAAGCAAUCCAAAUACUCAAGCUACAUUGAGGAAAACGACACGUUUGUCAACAGACUUUUCUCCACGCCAGCCAGAAAGCUCAUAGCAUAUGUGACGUUCUUUUCUAUUUUUGCUGUGAUCUUCUUUACCGCGUUGAGGAACUCGAAGCACCCGGAGGGACUCGACUAUGAACUCGAGGUAGGAUUCCCAGACAGCAAAGAACAGAACCUCAUCGAUCAGACGAUAGUAGAUGUGAACGAUAACACCCAGAUCAGCGAUGCAAACGCCAUUGACGUAGAGGUUGACGAGAUAGACGUUCUGGAUUCCGAAGACGGCGAGCUGCAGCUGGCGGACGCAGUAGAAACAGAGAAAGAUAUGGCUAACACAAAGCCUAAGGCAAAUGCUCAGGGCAAAGGUGUGGGCAAGGCGCCAGCCAAAGCAGCAUCAAAGAAGGCUGCAAAUGGCAAGGCCAAUGGCAAAGCCAACGGACAAGCCAAGGCACAGGCUAAGCAAGGAGGGGCCAAAGGUUCCGUAGAGGACGAAGCUAAUGAGGCGUGGGUUGUAAAGGGUGGAGAAGCCAAGCAGAACAGCGGCAUGUUCGGCGACGACCACUUCAGUGAAGAGUUGAAGGGAAUGAUGUCUUCGGGAAACAACAAGCUUGAAAAAGAGAAAGGGAAAACAAAGAAGGGAAAACAGAGCCGCCAGAAGCAGAUCUCCGACGAAGAGUUGAUCGAGAAAAUGGAUAAGCUUGAGGCCGAAAAGGCAAAGGGCCGUAAGAAGAACGCCUUCAAGGGUGAGAAUUUGUAA